AUGCCCACUCAAACAGCAACAGCAGCAGCAAGCACGCAAACCUGCAACACACCCACGCAAUACGAAAUCCCCGUGCAAGACGCCGCCUGCGCAGUCCCCAACAACUCCAAAUACUCCACAAUCCUCUCAAAAUGCUGCAACAGCGCCCCUGUCUCCGCCUACGACCACGACUGCGCAAUCUACUGUCUCGCGAUGGGGCAGUCCGUCCAGGCUCUCACAGAUUGUUUGUACGAUGCCAAGGUUGAUUGGGGGGAUGUUUGGUGUCAUGGGAACACGAGUGCUACUGCUACUGGGACUCCUACUGCCACUGCUACUAAGACUUCUGGGACGAAGGAGACCGGGAAGGAGACUGGGAAGGGGAAGGCCACGGAGACCAAGAGUGGGGGUGCGGUGGAGGAGACGGGGGAAAGUAUGGCGGGGAUUGUGUCGGGGAGGGAGGUUUCUAGAGUGUCGGUUUGUGUUGUGGGGUGGUUGGUGCUUAGUUCUGUUGUUGGGUUCUUUCAUUGA